CGAGGAGUCGAGGGUUAUAAAGCGCCCGCCGCCGCCGCCGCCGCCGCUGUUGGUCCGACGCCUCUCCAGUCGCCCCCUCGCGAGUCGUGGCCGUCCCGGACGGACCUGCCAGCGCCUCCGGAGCAGCCCCGCUCCCAGUGCCGUCCACGCAGCCGGCCCCUGCCGACCGGGCGGGGGGGAAGCAGCCGGGCCCCGGCGGAGCAGCGCGGUCCGCGAGGAGCAGAUUUAUCAGCCGCUCGAUGGGGAUUCGCAUCUCUUCUUCACCUUUGUGUAGCCAGCAGAACGACUUCAGCACCUCUUCGUUUCUCAUUAUGAAACUGGUAUUAACUGAAUGGCAAUUAUGGAUUUUUAACUCUAAAUCCCAGUAAGCAAAACAAAAAACAAAAAAAAAGAACCACCCCACAACAACAACAAACAACAACAACAAAAGGAAGCCGCCAAGCCAUAUGUUGGGAAAAAAAUCCUUUCUUUCUACCAAAUAAGUUUGGAUGUUCCUCUACGAAUGUUGGAAAAGCCUUUGUGAAGAUUCGAUGCCAAACCCCCGUUUUGCUCCUGAGGGAAAUUACAAAUAUUUGCUUGCACACAAGGAACGGGAUGCCAUGAGGAACAGCGGAAGGCACCCUAAUUUAUUGCAAGAGAUGACAGAAUUAUUUAUAUAGAGAUUUUUUUAAAAAAAGAAAAAGAAAAAAAAAAGGAGAAAUUUUUUAAAAAUCUAUAUAUAGAGAUAAUAGAUAUAGAUAUACAAAUAUAUAUAUUGUAUUUUUUAUGGUGAUGAAAAUGGCUCCCCAGAAUGCUGACUCAGAAUCUAUGCAAGUCCAAGAGCUUCCGGGCGUUCAGCUCCAGAAACCGGAAAAAGAGCGCGAGAGCAAAGAAGAGACGAUUAGCGAAGGAUCCAUAGACCGUAUCCCGGUACGGCUAUGGGUGAUGCACGGCGCUGUCAUGUUUGGCAGAGAAUUUUGCUACGCGAUGGAGACAGCUUUGGUGACGCCGGUAUUGUUACAAAUUGGUCUUCCUGAACAGUACUACAGCCUCACCUGGUUCCUUAGUCCAAUCCUGGGCCUGAUUUUUACCCCCUUAAUCGGUUCGGCCAGCGACCGCUGCACCCUCAGCUGGGGACGCCGACGGCCGUUCAUUCUCGCCCUUUGCAUUGGGGUCCUCAUUGGCGUCGCCCUUUUCUUAAACGGAUCCGUUAUUGACCAGUUGUAUCAAACUGGCCUGCAGGAUUUGGCCCUUGGGCCACCCUGGGAAAUAGUGAAGAACCAAGCUGCGGUUCUUGUGCCAGCGAAAACAGAGCUGAGCGGCCAUUUUGUACCUUUGAUCUUCUCUUUGUCCGUAGGCCUGGGAGGAGCCAUUGGCUACAUGCUGGGCGGCCUCAACUGGAUGCAGACCAUCUUAGGCAGCCUCUUCAAAUCCCAGGAGCAAGUCCUCUUCUUCUUUGCCGCCAUUAUCUUCUCAGUUUCCGUUGUCCUCCACCUAUGCAGCAUCGAAGAAGAGCAAUACAACCCUCAGCAGGACCGGAUCGACGAUGAAGCGGAGACCCUCUCGAGCGUCAAGAUGAGUGGCAGUCUCCCUCCCUUCAACCGGCUCAACGUCAUCAACGAGGAGGAGCCUUACGGGAACUCCCUCUUCCCAGACGAGGUCCAGUCUGAACAAGACCUCAACCUGGAGUUCCUGGAGGUGGACAUUGUCAGGAGUAAGAGCGAUUCGGUCCUGCACAUGCCGGACGCCACCCUCGAUAUGGAAUCAGAGCUGCUUUUCCUUCACGAGAUCGAGCCUUCCAUUUUCCAGGAUUCGUCCUCCCCGGCGACGCCACGCAGCACCAGCCAAGAACUCAUGAAAUCCAAAUUCAACCGCUUGUCCGCUUUCCUCAGGGAGAACGAGAAGGAGGACGAAGUGUUACUUGAGAACCACUUGAACGAGGCCAAAGUCCCCAAUGGGAAUGGCUCCCUACCAAAAGAUCUCCUGAAUGGGCACAUCCGGAUGGGCAUGAAGCAGUCGUGCACCUCAAGAUGGAAGGCUGAAUCAGUCUCGAGCCUGUACAUCCAUCACAGCCCUGGCAACUCCAAGCGAGGUUUCGGCAUCGAUUGCGCCAUCUUGUCGUGCCAGGUCUACAUCUCCCAGAUCCUGGUAGCUUCUGCCCUGGGAAGUGUGGUAGAUGCCGUGGGCACCGUCCGGGUCAUCCCGGUCGUGGCAUCCGUGGGCUCUUUCCUGGGCUUCUUGACGGCCACCUUCUUGGUGAUUUACCCAGAUGUUGGGGAGAGUUUGAAGGAAGAGCAGAAGGAGUUGGCCCCGCCUGCCGCAGCCAAAAACAGCGGCGAGAGCGAGGAGAAACUGACGGUGAUCAAACUCAGCCGCGGAAAAGAUCCAGCUGCGCCAGAGGUGGAAAGCGAGUCGGCGGUGUGAAGGCGUCCCGGCCUCUCACACACAUUCCAAGCAAUCCAGAUGCAAAACCCAGAACAUCCUUCAAAGCAAAAAUUUGAAUUUUUAGCGGGCAGCUUCCCGCUGUUUUAAUUUGCAGCAGGGGAUUUUACGGGGGAGAAAGGUCCUUUCGCGCAAUUGCGGAGCUCGGAGAAUUUUCGUGCUGACUGCUUUCUCUACCAUCCAGGGAAAAAAAAAAAAUCUCUGUUUCUUAGAGGUGUUUUUAACGAAGAGAAACACUUUUCGGAUUUCCGAGAUGUUUUUUUUUAAUCAACAAGCAGGAAAACAUCCUUCUAGUUUUUUUGGUUUUUAAAAGUCAUGGCGUUCCUUUUCUCUCUCUCUUUUUUUUUUUUUUCUUCCCCGUGCCAAUUAUUCAUCUGGACAUUUCAUUAUUUUUUUAUUUCUAUUUUUUUGACAAUUGGACAGUUUGGGAUUUAAAUUAAGCCAUUUUUUUUUCCACAUUUUUUUCCCCCCAGGAGAAAAAAAAAAAACAGCUUUUAUUUUGAUCAGGCCGUGUGGUUUUUUCUUAAGACAAUCAAUUGCAGCUGGUUGAAAUGUGUGCAUUUGUAGAAUUGAUGCAAUAUUAAAAUCGACAGCUUUCCUUGGUUGGGGGGAGGGGGUUCCCUCCCCCUCCUCUUCCUCUCUUGAACUUUGGCCUGGAACUCAUUAUUUUGGGAGUCACUGCUAUUUUCGCCCCCCCAAUUUUAUGCGAAAUUAUUGCAGCGGCGUGAACAGUGGGAACGCGUGUUCGUUUAUUUAUUUUUAAAUAAAAAUAAAACCCUCAG